AUGGACCUCCUCGAGAUCCCGCUGCCCAACAUGUUCGAGAAGCUCCUCGGCAAAGAUGAGGACACGUGGCCCCCGGAGGCGCGCUUCCUCGUCGCCGCGCACUACGGCAACGUCCGCCGCCUCAAGGAGAUCGCCGGGAAGCUGGACCGCAAGGGGAAGGCGGGGGAGGAGGCCACGGUGGCCGCCACCACCUACCGCGGCAUGAACGCGCUCCACGCCGCCGUCGGGGGCCAGGGCAAGCUCGCCGCCUGCCGCUACCUCGUCGAGACCGUCAGGAUGGACGUCAACAUGUGGGACUCCUCCCCAAGCAAGAAGACGCCGCUGGAGCACGCCGUGGACGGCAACAACCUGCCCGCCCUCAGGUACCUCCUCGACCAUGGCGCCGAUCUCAACCAGGAAGAGGACGACGGCGACACUGUCCUUCAUCACGCUGCAAGGAAAGGGAGGUGUGAAAUAGUAAAGUUGCUGCUUGCUAGAGGAGCCGACGUUAACGGCAGCUCAGAGCACGGGACACCACUCCAUCUUGCUGCUGUUAAAGGGCAUGAGAGCACUGUGGAGGUUCUGUUGGAACACCAUGCAGAUGUCAACAAGGUUGUGACUUCUAAUCUAGUAACACCUCUAAAGGCCGCAUUGCUUAGUGCUUCCACGCCUUGUGUGAAGUUAUUGGUUCAGGCUGGAGCUGAUGUGAAUGAUGUCAGCAAUUCCUUGGCAAGAGCUGCAAGCGAAGGCUUGACUGAAUGUGUUAAGUGCUUGCUGGAGGCUGGUGCAGACCCAAAUCGUCCUGAUGAGUGUGGUAGAUUCCCGAUAGAGUUAGCUGCUGUGUAUGGUACAAGGGAAGACGUUGAGCUUCUAUAUCCUGUCACCUCCCCAAUUCCAACUGUGGCAGACUGGAGCAUUGAUGGGAUAAUUAAUCAUGCCAAACUGGAGAGGAUGCAGCUGCAGGAUGAGGAUGUUCUUAACACAAGGAAGUCUGACCUGAAACGAAAAGGGGAUGAAGCAUUUGAAAAGCAGGAUUACACAAGUGCAUCAGAGUUCUACACACAGGCACUGAAAGUUGAUCCUUCUGAUGGCAAGAUGCUCGCGAGCAGGAGCCGCUGCUGGCUUCAGCUUGGCGACGGACAGAAGGCUUUGGAGGAUGCAACCAGAUGCAAGAGGAGGUGCCCGGAGUGGGCGGAGGCCCGCCUUCGCCGAGGACAGGCUCUGAUGCUGCUAAAGGACUAUGAGAAAGCUUGCGAGGAGCUGUCGGGUGGCGUGGAGCUGGACCCCGAGAACGAUGAGAUGGACAAAUUGUUCUGGGAGGCGAUGGAACUGAAGAAGAAGUGA